AUGGAACCUUCUGCACAGCUGGGUUUCAGCCUGCAGCCCCUCCUGGAGCAGCUCAGCCAGAAUGAGCUGAGCCAGUUCAAGUCUCUGCUGAGGCCCCUUUCCCUGCAAGAUGAGUUACAGCACAUCCCUGAGACAGAGGUAGAGGAGGCUGAUGGGAAGCAACUGGCAGAAAUUCUCACCAACCACUGCCCCAGCCACUGGGUAGAGAUGGUGACCAUCCUCUUUGACAAGAUGAACCGAACAGAUCUGUCUGAGAAAGCAAAGGAUGAGCUCAGGGAAGCAGCUCUGGAGUCUUGGAACAAGCCUCCAGCAUUAGAUAAGCUACCUCAUUUACUUUUCAUGCGAGAUUUUGGAAUUCAGGAGCUUGUUUUAAUUAGACAAGACACGGUGCUGAGCACUAAGGAUGCAAAGAAAGACAAGCCCUCCUCUCUGCUGCCAUGCAGGUGGGUGAGGACACUUACACAUGUACAGGAAGAAGAUGUCAGAAACCCAGAAGAAGCAAAGGAAGUUUUCAAAGGAGAAAAGCCAGGUAAACAGGAUAAAUAUAGAAGUAUUUUCGAAGAGGAAGUCCAGCAACUCUGGAAGAAGAACUUUUGGCCUGGAGCCAGUGAAAACAUUCACACUGUCACCCAAAGAUAUGAGACACUGAUCCCAUUCUGUAAUCCUAAAAUACUUGCAGGGCCAUUUCCACACAGUGGUCCCACCGGCGUCAGGAAGACCACUCUGGCCAAGAAGUGCAUGCUGGACUGGACACAGGACAACCUCGCACAGACCUGCCCCCACGCCUUCUAUCUCAGCUGCAAGGUGCUCAGCCGCAAGGGGACGUGCUCCUUCGCAGAGCUGCUGGCUGCGAGCGCCCCAGACCUGCAGGAGGCCCUUCCGCAGGUCCUCACCCAGGCGCAGAAACUCCUGUUCGUCAUUGAUGCUUUUGAGGAGCUGCGCGUGCCCUCGGGGGUGGGGGCGCUGGUGCAGGACCUGUGUGGCGACUGGAGGUCGCAGAGACCUGCGCCUGUCCUCCUGGGGAGCUUGCUGACAAGGAAGCUCUUACCCACGGCCACCCUACUGGUCACCACGCGGCCCGAGGCCCUGAGGGAGCUGCGGUUCCUGGUGGAGCGGCCACUCUUGGUGGAGAUAGAAGGGCUCUCAGAACGCGACAGGAGGGCGUAUUUCCUGCGACACUUUGGAGGGGAGGCUCAGGCGCUGCGCGCUUUCCACCUGAUGAAGAGCAAUGCGGCGCUGUUCCGCAUGGGCGCGGCGCCCGCCGUGUGCUGGAUGGUGUGCACCUGCCUGAGGCUGCAGAUGGACGAGGGCGAGAGGCUGCUGUCCAAGGAAGAAGGACUCAAGAACCCCCACCUGGCCCCCGUGGGGCGCUUCCUAUUCGGCCUCGCCAAUGAAAAGAGGGCCAGGGAGCUGGGGACCACGUUUGGCUGCCCGGUGUCCACGGAGGUCAAGCAGGAGCUACUGGAAUGCACAAUAAGGUCCGCCGAGAACAGACCCUUCUCCUCGGUGACCGACACGAAGGAGAUUUUGUACUGUCUCUACGAAUCCCAAGAGGAGCUGCUUGUGAAGGAGGCCAUGGCCCAGGUCACAGAAGUGUCCCUGCAUUUGCAAGAUACCUCGGACAUGGUGCACGCAGCAUUCUGCCUCAAGCAUUGUGAAAACUUGCAGAAAAUGUGGCUGCGGGUAGAAAAGGGGAUGUUCCUGGAGAACGAUGCUGCAUGGGAAUCAGAAGCUCAGGCUGACCGGUUCCAGAAUGAUCAAUAUGUGUUUCCUUUCUGGGUGGAUCUUUUUUCCGUGUUCAACUCAAACAAGAAUCUGGUAUUUCUAGACAUCAGCCAGAGCUUCCUUAGUACUUCAUCAGUGAAGCUUCGUUGUGAAAAAAUAGACUCUGCUACCCAUAAUCUUCAGAAAGUGGUCCUCAAAAAUAUUUUCCCAGCAGAUGCUUAUCAGAGCUUCUGCAUUGUUUUUGGUGGUCAUGAGACUCUCAUGCAUCUGACCCUUCAAGGAAAUGACCAGAAUGAUAUGCUUCCCAUAUUGUGUGAGAUCUUGAGACACCCAAAAUGUAAUCUGCAAUACCUAAGGUUGGUGACUUGUUCUGCCACCACCCAGCAAUGGGCCCAUCUCUCCUCCUCCCUCAAGAUCAACCAGUCCCUCACUUGCCUGAACCUCACAACAAAUGAGCUCCCGGAGGAGAGCGCCAAGUUGUUGUGCACGACUCUGAAACACCCAAGAUGCUUCCUGCAGAGGCUAUCAUAAGUACUGUUGGAAAACUGUCACCUUACAGAAGCCUGUUGCAAGGAGCUCUCCUCUGCUUUGAUCGUCAACCAGAGGCUGAUGCACCUGUGCUUGGCAAAGAAUGCCCUGGGAGAUGGUGGGGUAAAGCUUUUGUGUGAAGGCUUGAGUUACCCUGACUGUCAACUACAGAUGCUGGCGCUUUGGUACUGUAGCAUAACCAACAGUGGCUGCAAUGAUCUGUCAACACUUCUCCAGCAAAACUCAAGCCUUACACACUUGGAUCUGGGGCUGAAUCACGUAGGAAUUACUGGACUGACGUUUCUGUGUGAGGCUUUGAAGAAGCCAACAUGUAACCUCAAAUGUCUAUGGUUGUGGGGAUGUGCCAUCACCCCUUUCACCUCUGAAAUCCUCUCAUCUGCCCUAGGCAGCAAUCAGAGCCUGGUCACUCAGGACCUGGGCCAGAAUUCCUUGGGGUAUAGCGGAAUAAAGAUGCUGUGUGACACCUUGAAACUUCAGCGUUCCUUCCUCUGGACACUCAGGUGUAACCUCCGGCAAGCCUCUUCACCCAGAUGGGGCUCAGUUUCUUCAUCUGUGAAAUGGAGACCCCCAACCUCACUUCACUGGGUUUUGGGAAGAAAUGGUGCAGAUAACGUGGUCGGCAAGGGCCAUGGGACACAAGAAGUUCUGGAAAGGAGAUUUCAAGCCGGAGGAGCUCGUUAA